UAAAUCACCUCUCCAAGAAAAGAAUCUGUGACACUGUAUCAGUCCAGAAAUUUCUUCACCUCGUUUUCUCACUUCACCUGGCUGUGAAGUUCAUCGUCAAAUCCUGAGGCUGUCAAUGCAUUUGAGUUUCAUACAGAGCAUUUUAGAGGAAAUUAUCCACAGCUAAAUGAUUCUAUAUUAGAACCAUAUCACUCUCACGAGCCACAACUGUAUUCCAACGGGCACUACCUCGCUGAAAAGAGACCCACUAAUCUCUGGUGAUAGUGGGAAUACGUUUGUUCUGGAUAUUGUGAAUGAUUCAAAGAGGGUAUGGAAGUCAAGGAUGUUGAAAUGAGGGAUCGCACCCAAACUCCAGCUAGGCUGUUCAGGGGUCUAUUGUGCUUACUGGUGCUUCUUUUAACAGCAUUUAUGAUGUUAGUAUUCUAUGGUUUUAUCAGUGCCAUUUUUGUUCGAGUAUUCAGCAUACAUUAUAGUCGAAAAGCUACUUCCUUCUUCUUUGGUUCUUGGUUAGCUGUGUGGCCUUUUCUGUUUGAGAAGAUUAACAAAACGAAAGUUAUUUUUUCUGGAGAAAUGGUCCCAGCAAGGGAGCGUGUCUUGAUUAUUGCAAACCAUAGAACAGAAGUUGAUUGGAUGUACCUGUGGGAUCUUGCAAUACGAAAAGGACAACUAGGGUACAUCAAGUAUAUACUCAAGAGCAGUUUGAUGAAGCUACCAGUAUUUGGCUGGGGAUUUCACAUAUUAGAGUUCAUCUCUGUGGAAAGGAAAUGGGAGGUUGAUGAAUCAACAAUGCGCCAAAUGCUUUCAACUUUCAAGGAUUACCAUGAUCCCUUAUGGCUUGCCCUUUUCCCUGAAGGCACAGAUUUCACUGAACAGAAGUGCAUUCGAAGUCAAAAGUAUGCAGCUGAAAAUGGUUUGCCCAUCUUGAAAAACCUGUUGCUUCCCAAAACAAAGGGCUUCCAUACGUGCGUACAGGAUUUGAGGAAAUGUCUAGAUGCAGUUUAUGAUGUGACCAUCGGUUACAAACAUCGGUGCCCCUCUUUAUUGGACAAUGUCUUUGGUUUAGAACCUUCUGAAGUUCAUAUACACAUCCAACGCAUUCCUCUAGACAACAUUCCAACUACAGAAAAUGAAGUUGCCAAUUGGCUAAUGGACACAUUCAGCAAUAAGGACCAAUUACUUGACAAAUUUCAUUCUCAAGGUCAUUUUCCCCAUGAAGGAACUGAAGGGGAUCUCUCAACCAUGAAGUGUCUUGUUUCCAUCACCACUCUACUGGUCCUAACCUCCUUAUCUACGUACUUCACCUUUUUUUCACCAUCUGGUUCAAAAUCUAUGUAUUAUUCGCCUGUUCCUAUCUGGCCUUCGCUACCAGUUUCAACAUUCGACCAAUGCCAAUUUUCCGCCGUAAAAAAUUGUCUUGAAACUUGAUCGAUGGAGCGGAUGUGCAGUAUUAAAAAAUGUAUUACAAAACUAUAUAGACUACGGUUUAAAUAUGUAAUAUCAAAGGAUGUUAUCUUCAAUUUUGCAAGUUUUUUGAACA